UCUAAAAUUAACCAUCACUUGCUCCAUUUUACAUUGCUCCUCUCUGAGAACAGAAAUGGCGAAUCCAUCGCCUUUAGCUCUCAUCGUCUUUUUCCUCCUCCUCAUCCUGACCAUUUCAGCCACCGAGUACAGCCGCCCGCCGCCCAAGAAGAUUAUUGCGAUGCGGUCUUCAAAGCCCGAGUCACAUCCUCAACAAGUUCAUAUUUCAGUAGUAGGAGCAGAUCAUAUGAGAAUCACAUGGAUCGCAGAUGAUAAGCACACACAAUCGCUAGUUGAAUAUGGUAGAGCUUCGGGGGUGUAUGAUAAAUCAGCCACUGGUGAGCACACAACGUAUCGAUACUUUUUCUAUAAUUCAGGCACAAUUCAUCACGUCAAGAUCGGUCCACUGGAUCCUGAUACGGUCUAUUACUAUCGUUGUGGUGGUAUUGAUGACAUGUACAGCUUCAAAACCCCUCCAGCUUCUCUCCCUAUCGAAUUCGCUGUUGCAGGAGACCUUGGACAAACAGAAUGGACAUCAUCUACCUUAAACCACAUAAACGCAUCAAACUACGACAUGCUUCUACUCCCCGGUGAUCUUUCCUACGCCGACACAAAUCAACCCUUAUGGGACUCCUUUGGUCGACUUGUAGAGCCAUUAGCGAGUGCUCGGCCGUGGAUGGUGACUCAAGGAAACCACGAGAUUGAAGCCUUUCCGAUCUUUGAUUGGUUUCAUCCUUUUGCUUCUUAUAAUCAUAGAUGGAGAAUGCCAUAUGAAGAGAGUGGAUCAAGCUCUAACCUCUACUAUUCUUUUGAUGUGGCCGGGGGCGCGGUUCAUGUUGUGAUGUUAGGCUCGUACGCUGAGUUUGGGUCUGACUCGGAUCAAUAUAAGUGGUUGGUUAAGGAUUUGGGUGAGGUUGACAGAGAGAAGACUCCAUGGAUUAUUGUGCUGCUUCAUGCGCCAUGGUAUAAUACUAAUGCAGCGCAUCAAGGAGAAGGAGAAAACAUGAGGAGGGCAACGGAGCAUUUGCUUUAUGAGGCUAGAGUUGACAUUGUUUUUGCUGGUCACGUUCAUGCCUAUGAACGCUUUAAAAGGGUUUAUGACAACAAGGCCAACUCUUGUGGUCCUGUACAUAUAACCAUUGGUGAUGGAGGCAAUAGAGAAGGGCUUGCAUUAGACUUCAAGAAGGAUCACAAGUCUGCAUCUCUUUCUCUGUUCCACGAGGCAAGUUUCGGGCAUGGGAGAUUGAAGGUACUGAAUCGAACGCACGCUCACUGGUCAUGGCAUCGAAACGAUGACUCAGAAGCUACCGUGCGUGACAAAGUUUGGAUAGAGAGCUUAAGUGCUUCCGGUGCUUGUGGGGCGGGACAAACCACUGAAUUAUCAGCUUCAGGCAAAGAUGAAUUGUAGUAUUUUUUUUUUUUAAUGUUUCGGCAGGUCACCGCAAAGUUCAGUGAAGGAUUAAUGCUGGGCUCCCUUAAGAAUUCAACGAACAGAUUCAGGAAGAUCAAGACCUGACGAAUAUAUUGUUUCCUUCUUCUUCUUCUUCUUUUUUUCAUUUUUUUAUCAGACAUGUGAAGGCUGUUUCUGUUUUGAUUUUAGGGGAAGAAUCACGAUUAGUUUUUCAUAUUUUGCGUCUCA